AUCUAUGAAUGGCCAAAGCCGCAAAGGGGAAUACAGAGCAGUGAGCCUGUGCUUCUCUACCCUACUCGCAUUUCAAAGUUGCAAAGGUUCCUCUCACUGAUCUCUGAUUCUCCUCUUUCACCUCCUUCCCCGAACUGGACUGUCCCCCAUCAUGGCGGAUCAGCUCUGCGCCCAAAACGAGAUGGAAGAACCAUCAUUCAACAGUGAGACAUUGACUGAGAAUGAAGACAAUGAAAUUGAGGUUGGGAAUAAUGAUGAUGGAUUGCAAGCAAUGUCUCCCGGAGCAUUAGCCAUGUUAGCAUUUGACAGUGUAAACAGUGUGACUCAAAGAAGGAGUGAGUCAACACCACCUGUUGUAGGGAUGGAGUUUGAAUCUUAUGAUGAUGCUUACAACUUUUACAACUGCUAUGCUAAGGAAGUAGGAUUUGGCAUCAGAGUUAGGAAUUUAUGGAGAAGACAGAAGACUAAUGAAAAGUACAUGGUCGUACUAUGUUGCAGUAACCAGGGUUUUCGAAGAAAAAAGGAUACACAUCGUUUGAGACCAGAAACAAGGAUUGGUUGCUUGGCAAUGGUGAGGAUUAAGUUGAUGAGCUCUGACAGGUGGAGACUGAUUGAAGUUAAGCUUGAACAUAACCAUUUAAAUACCCCAGCAACCGCACAGUUCUAUAAAUCACAUAGGAUGAUGAAUGGAGUCAUUAGAAAAUUGGAGUUGGGUUGUGAUGCAGCUGUGCAAACAACUGAUCUGGUUGAUGAACAUAAUCAAUUGGAACUUAAAGAAGGAGAAGCAGAAGCCCUUCAGAAUUACCUUUGCAAAAUGCAGUUGGCGAGUCCAAGCUUCUUUUACUUGAUGGAUCUCAAUAAUGGAUGUCUAAGAAACGUGUUUUGGGCCGACGGAAAGUCCAGAGCUUCAUAUGGUUACUUUGGAGAUGUAGUUCUAUUUGACACUACGUAUUUGAUGAAGAAAUAUGACUUGUCAUUUGCACCAUUUGUUGGAGUUAACCAUCAUGGGCAGUCGGUGUUAUUGGGUUGCAGUUUACUUGUCGAUGACUCUGUAGAGUCAUUUGUUUGGUUGUUCAAGACAUGGUUGACAUGUAUGUCAGGACGAUUCCCAUCUACCAUAAUCACUGACCAUAAUAGGGCAUUGCAAAAGGCAAUUGCUGAGGUGCUCCCAGAAACUCGUCAUCGUAUGUCUUUGUGGCACAUUAUGGAAAGAGCUCCUGAGAAAUUGAAAGUACUACAUGAAUUUGAGGAAGUUAAAAUGGCAAUGAGCAUGGCAGUUUAUGAUUCAUUGAGAGUGGAUGAAUUUGAAACAGCUUGGGAGGAUAUGGUACAACGUUAUGGUGUACAGGACAAUGAAUGGCUUCAGAUGGUAUAUGAAGAUCGGCAACAUUGGGUGCCAGCUUUUUUAAAGGAUACUUUUUCUGCAGGAAUGGCAACCACUCAAAGGAACCAAAGUGUAAAAUUUUUUUUUGAUGGAUAUGUGCAUAAGCACACUAAUUUGAAGGAUUUUCUAGAAAAGUAUGAACUAGCUCUAGUAAAUGCAUAUCAAAAAGAAGCCAAGGCAGAUUUUGAGUCGAGGCAUUUAGGUCCUGCCUUAAAAACAAGAUGUUGUUAUGAAAGACAACUUUCGGAAGUAUACACAUGUGAAAUAUUUCGAAAGUUCCAACAUGAAGUUGAAGAGAUGUUUUUUUGUUUUAACACAGCACAAGUACAUGUCAGUGGACCAAUCAUUACAUACAUAGUCAAGGAACGUGUUCAGGGCAAUGCAAGUGAGAUUAGGGAUUAUGAAGUUCAGUAUAAUACAGCUGAUAUGGAAGUCCAGUGCAUCUGUGGUUGCUUUAGUUUUAAUGGCUACUUAUGUAAACAUGCACUAAGCGUGCUUAACUAUAAUGGUGUAGAGGAAAUCCCACCUCAGUACAUAUUAGCACGAUGGAGAAAGGAUUUUAAACGUGUCUUUGUUCCAAACAAUGGCUCCAUUUGUGUUGAUAUUGACAACUCUGUGGAAUGGUAUGAUCAUUUAUAUAAACGUGCUAUCCUAGUGGUCGAAGAGGGGAUGAUAUCUCAAGAACAUUUCAAAGUCGCUUUGCAAGCAUUGGAGGACUCCCUAAGCCGGGUUCAUCUUGCGGAAGAUAGUGAAUUAAAUACAACACCUACAAGAGCACAACGAAGUAUGGCUGAAACUCAUAAGGUGCAAGAUCUUUCUCAAGUGAAGCGACCAGGUCGGCCAAAACAAAGUCGAGGCCAAAUGGGGAAAAUCUGUGAAGACACCUGGAGUAAGAAUGACACUCAAGUUGUCAGCAAGCGGUUACGGCCCAUUGACCCUGCAACUCCAAAUCUUGGUCCUGGCAACCUGGUUGGCACACAAGAGAGCACUUGUCAAUUGGGCAUUAUGGGGCAACUUUUUAUUGAAGUUGAUCCAGAUGUAUGAAAGUCAGGUUCGAUAGCUUCAAUGAGAGAUCUUCUUAGUGAGUUGGGCUUGUAAAUUUAUGUGCUGCUGCUUAACAAAGCAAGUCGAUCAGUUUCCUUCUCGUUUGAGGUUAGAAGUAUGAUGAGUAAUCUUUGGUGCAAAUACUUGGAGCUAAUCAAGCAGGUUCCAUUCUGUAAAUUAAUUCAUUAUGUGUGAUAUUGAGACUGACAAACAGUUUAGUGAAGUUCCUUCUGUAAA